AUGCCGCCGCUGCCCGGUUUUUCGGACAAUGGCUUUUUUAGCCGUGGUGAGGCUGUCGCAGCAUCCAAGGCACUUCUAAAACCUCUCGUUCCAUACUUCUCCGACGGAAAGGCUCGCAUCAAGCUGCCAGUCACGUCUGGUGCCCAUUUUGAUGACACGGCCGCUGAGCUGGAAGGAUAUGCGCGACCGCUUUGGGUAGUAGCGACGCUUCUUGCUGCUCAAGAGCGCAACGCCGGAGAAAAUGACACAGAAGCCAGUUCUCUACUUCAGAACUGGGUUCACGGCCUACAAAAUGGUGUCAACCCGUUGCAUCCAGAUUUUUGGGGCGACAUUGGCGACUGGGAUCAGCGCAUGGUUGAAGCAGAAGUGCUUUCUUUCGCGCUCCUCUCUGCGCCAGAAUCAUUCUACGAGCCGUUGAGCGAGACCGCAAAGGCCAAUCUCAAAGCAUGGCUGCAGGGUUUGAAUGGCAAAAUUAUGCCUGAAAAUAACUGGCGCUGGUUCCGCGUCUUUUCCAAUCUCGCUCUUAUCAAGGUGUGUGGCGGGGAAAAGGAUGCGUACUGGCCACUUAUCAACGAGGAUCUGAACACACUCAACAAAUUCUACAUCGACGAGGGUUGGUCGAGUGAUGGAAUAUGGCGCCCAGCUGCAGCUGAUGCAAAAGAUGAGGGAACGGGCGAGAAUGCUGCUCGUGGGCGACACGCAGACUAUUACUCCGGCAGCUUCGCCAUCCAAUUCAGUCAAAUCCUUUACGCCAAGUUCGCUGCUGAUAUCGACCCUGAAAGAUGUAACGUCUUCAAGAAGCGGGCAUAUGAGUUUGUUCAAUCAUUUUGGGCGUAUUUUGACACUUGUGGCGCUGCUAUUCCUUUCGGUCGCUCUUUGUGCUACAAAUUCGCCAUGGGGGCUUUUUAUGCGGCCUUUGCUUAUGGCGGCCUGUGUGACGAUGCAGACCCUCUGACCUCGCAUGGCGCUGUGAAGGGCAUGCUUCUUCGUCACAUGCGUUGGUGGGCUGCCCAUUCCCAAGACAGCUUCUGGCCCGACGGGACGAUGAACAUUGGGUAUUUGUAUCCAAACAUGUACAUGAGCGAAAACUACAACUCUCCUCAGUCGCCAUACUGGGCCCUCAAGUCACUCAUUGUCAUCGCCCUGGCAGAAGGCGACCCUUUCUGGACGGCAGCAGAGCUACCGCACCCUUUACAGGAAACGAGCGCGGAAGAAGGCGAAACGGGAAUACAAGUUGUCAAGUCAGCGCGCCAGAUUGUUUGCAACCAUAAGAGUGGAAAUCAUCACUUCCUUCUCUCAUCAGGGCAAUUUUGUGUGUGGCCGAUGAAGGCGACUCAGGCAAAAUAUGCCAAGUUCGCAUACUCGUCCGCUUUCGGGUUCAGCGUUCCCACUGGCUCUUUACUUGCACAGAUUGCUCCGGAUAGCACGUUGGCUUUGUCGCAAGAUGGAGGUGAAACAUGGGCACAGAGGUGGAUAUCUAUUGGAGAAACAGACUUCCGCCUCGUGGCAGUACAAGGGCUACAAGCAUGUGUACCGGCCAUGGUCAGUUGCUGGAAGCCGUGGUCGUGCGGCAGUGUCACUGUCGAGUCAACAAUCAUCGCCCCCUGCGCCAAGUGGCCCGAUUGGCAUUUGCGCAUUCACCGAAUCCGACGAGAGGAUCCGUCGGAUACGCCCUUUGUCGCCGUUGAAGGUGGAUUCGCUAUUUUUGCGCCUAGAAGGGCGGACAACCGCAUUAUCCAAACGGAAAAGUUGCUGGAUACAGACCUUGCGUCUUUUAAGAGGUUGAAAGAUCACGAAGUGGCUAUAGAAACACCGAAUGCCGCGCUAGUUGUAUCCGAAGCUGGGGCAAGUGGCAUCGUCGACUUCACAUCAGAGGGUGACGACGCGACAGCCCGCGGUGAUGUUAUGCGUCCGGAUCCAAACACAAACAUCAUGACAACCAAGACAAUGAUUCCGAAUAUCCGACACGAGAGGAGAGCUUGGUUGGCGCAGGAUAUUGUUAUUGCGUCGGGUAUCUUUGCAGUGGCGGGCAAGCACGACACCAUGGAGGCUCGAUGGCGCAGACGGCCAAGCCUAUCAUUUACACAGGAGGGAAAUGUAAUAUUAUCGUAA